AUGCGAAUUCAUCCUCUGCCCACUCUUCUACCACCUCUCUCCUCGUCGUCGCCCUUCGCCAGUCUUUCGCACUCAGCCCAAGUCAUUCCAUUCCCCCACCACGCACUCACAAUCUCAAAACCCCACUCUUCCUUUCAAGUUCCUCCCACCUAUAUCCAGCUCGGCAUCGCUCCGACACCUACGGAGAAGAAGACCAAGGUGGAGGUGGACGAGGGUCCUCGGAAGAGCCCCAUCCUGGUCUCUCCUGCACCCACACCUGUCCCUACCUCCGAAGACGAAAGUCGCGUAGACGGAGCUGGAGGUAUCGACAUCAACAUCGACACCGACACGGUGGGCGUAGAACUCGAAACGACGACGUCGCUCGUCGAGCCGCUCGCUCUUGCUUCUUCUCUUUCCUCUACUUCUUCUAGCUCUUCGUCUUCGUCUACGUCUUCGGCUUUGGCGUCCGCGUCCGCCCCUCCACAAGACUCAACGACUCCCACACGAAACCGAAUACCGACACCACCUGCGCCCGUUCACCCGUUCCCCCACACGACAGCCAAGCUCGAGCUCUUACCCUUGACUCAGAGUAGGACGGUGCAUGGGAUAGACGUGGAGGAGGAGGCGAGGCUAUAG